AUGAACAACGACUAUCCAAUAUAUUUCGAAGGAGCCAAACGACCGGCUCCGGACGACCGCUACAUCUACGACCACACGCAGACCCAGGUGCCGCUGCAACCACUCCCACAACAGCCGCUCCAGCAGACCCCUAACGUGUACCCGCCGUUCGACCCGCAACAGUCGCUGCUCUUCGACCCCAGCAUCAACGGCCAAAGCCUGCAGGACCUGUACCAGGACAAGCCAGGGCUGUUCGACUACCCCAAGCCGCCGUCGCCCCCACCGGCCCACUCGGUGUCGCCACCCAAGGUGGUCAAACGACGGCGAUGUCGGGCCAUGGAGGACUCCAAGACAGUCAACAACUGGGAAGACCUGUCGCUCAAAGAGGGCUACAAGUCGUUUCUCAGCACCGCCAUGAAACUCAACAUCACCACCGGCGUGGCGUGGACGUCGCUGGACGCGGCGCUGCUGGAUAUCUGGUGCUUCAAUCAGUUUGUGCUCAAAAAAUGGGUCGAAUACAGAAACAAGGGCACCGCCAACGGAAUCAACUACCUGUGCCGCCACUGCAAGGGCUACAAAAUCCGCAUCCACAUGUUCCCCAAAGAACUCUACAAUAAGUGCACCGUCACCCAGUACUCCCCACACGACCCGGACUGCACCGCCCCGCGCCAUCCGCCGGUGGACAUGGAAGCGAGCAGCAAGACCGUCAACAAGGCCCGCGAGAACAACACUACAGCUCCGCCCUCCAAGGCCAAGCGCCCCGAACGCCUGCCGCGCUUCUCGGUGCUCUACCCAAUGUACUUUUUCAUAUACGCAGUCAGAGACAAGGAAGGCAAGGUCGUCAGCACAAAAACCCAGGAGGGAGCAAAGGUGCUCAAAAUGGCCUUCUACGGCAAAGAGGUGCUGGACGACGACCCCGGCAUGAACUCCCGAUUGGACAGAUCCGCCGGCGACAUUUUCCAUCUCUACCAGAAACUGGGCAUCCGAAACUCUUCCGAAAUGUUCGACCUGCUCAUUCCCCUGCUCGUCUAUCUGCAGUACGUGAACCGCGACUCGUACUCCUCCGUCUUGGUCUCGUCCCCCGAACGCGGAGUCUACCAGAUUGGUCACGAGACCCCCAAAGAGGCGUUUGUGCUCAACCCACCAGUCGUGCGCGGGCCUCCCAAACCCUACUACCACCUGGACCCCAAGGUGCGAGCGUAUUGGGAGAGCCAGAUGGGCCCGUUGCAUUCGGACGCGGAGCUGUGCCGCUUCUACGGCUGCAACCCGCGCACUUACCAGUUCAAAAACACGUCCGUAAAGGACGGCGAGGAAAUGUACGAGCCCACGGGCGGCACUCCGACCCUCAAUCUCAAAAACUUCCAGUCCUGGGAGGAGGAAAAGGGCAAGCGGGCCAACACGCAGUUUGACGAGGACUUCUUUGAAAAGUUUCUCGCCGAGUCUUUCUCAGGCGACAAGGAGAAGCAUCUGAACCACGUCUACAGCUCGCGUGCGGGGAGACUGGACGAAACCGCGUCCGAAACAACCAUUGAGGAGUCGUUCGACAUUGCCAGACUACAACAAGUGAUCGAGUCGUAUCUCGGUAACACCAGUAAGACGGAGGACGAGAAGCUGACGGUUGAGGGACUCUUUUGUUCGACGGGAAGCGUCAAAAACUACAUUUUUGCGUCGAAAUCCGUCUUUGUCUUGGCGUCUAUGCGUCUCAAUUGUCUGUUGGACGGCUCCAAGUACACACUCUUGUCUGCGCGAAUGAUCGACGGCGACGAUGUCGUUCUCACGGUAGCGUUUGCUAUUGUGCAGACCGACGGGUACAAGCACUGGAAGUAUUUCCUGUCCAACAUGAAGGAGUGUUUCAGUGACUAUUUCCUGUCACAUCGGGCGGUCACGUUCAUGUGCACCUUCAACUCUGCACUGGAACAGGCUGCAUCCGAGGUCUUUCCCGAGGCCCAGCUCUGUGUGGGUCCUCGAGAUCUCUGUGCGCGGGUCGCAGAGUACAUUCCCGUGGAGUCUCGGUCGGACUUCAACCUCAAGUUCUGGGCAGCGGCCACAGACUACAAUCCCGACCGGGUGCUCACGGUGUACCAUCAGAUGCUCGAGUUGUUGCCCUCUAACAACGACCCCGAGUAUCUGGAGUUGGUCCGCAAGCUGCACGAGCUGCCGUGCUGGACCGACGCGUUUGCCAAGCAGCGCAAGUUUGGCACUGUCGAUCUCUUUUGCGGUCUGUCAGUCAACGAUGUGCGCAGUCUCAUGACGUAUCCAAUUUUCGUGUUUGUCUUCUGCGCACAUAGAAUCGUGGACGCUUCUCUGAUGGAGAGCAAAACCACGGGCGAGGCCGAUCCUGUGGAUGGCGAUCCACUGGGCAACGUUCUUCUGCCGGCGCCCCAUGCGCGGCUCAUGGCGAUCGCCACGUGCUCAAAGUACUACGAGGUGUCGGCCAUCAACGGAGACACGGUGGCCGUACACAAGAUGUAUAUUCCGCCGUCGCAGUUUGGUGAGUUUGCACAGGCGCAUCUGGAGGCGUUUGUGGUGGGCUCUUUGACGGCUGCGCAGCUGCGAAGAGCGGGCUUCAUCAUGCAGGACAGUGACUUUCGAGUCGACUUGGUGGAGCGAACCUGCACGUGCGGGCUGUUCCAAAACGCGUUCAUGCCGUGUUCUCACGCCUACACAGCUAUUCUGGCCAAGGGCUACUCGGUGUUUGAGUUCAUUGGACCGCACUAUUACCGGCACAAUUGCAAGCUGUGGCUCAAGCAGAGUGAUUGCACGCGGGCGGCCUUCUCGACCUUGAUGCGAGGUGUGCUGUGUUGCAAGAGAGCCAUUGCGGAGCGGUCUCAGACCAAGUUCCAGGUGCCUCCUUGGUUUGAGAUUCGGCAGAGAGGACGGCCAAAGAAUGCAGGCAAGUUGCUGCCGAGCAUCGAGGGGUUCAACAUCAGUCACUGA